UUUAUAAAUGUGGUCAAAAGAGUAUAUUGUGUCUACAUCUGGCAAGAAAACUCUUUGUUCUCAUAGGGUAGCUGAGUGAACAUCGAACAGGAGGGAGUGUGACUUCUUCAACAAAACAAAAAUUUAUUGGCUGUGAACUUAAAUGAUCUACAGAUUUGUAAACAACUUUCAUUCUUCUGCCUGCAUCAUGAAUAUGUUUGGAAUGACCCAGAAUGGGAUAAGGUUCGCGAAUGAGACGAACGCCACUUUAUCCUGGACUUGGGCUCCAUUGGUCUGGGGAUGGCGAGAGGUCUUCCAACUGUUCCUGGCCCUGGCGGGCAUCAUCGGUAACUUCCUGGUGAUGGUGGUUCUCUUUCGGGUCAGGAGGUCACGUUGCUCAACGGAUACCCUGAUCGCCGGGUUAGCUCUGGCCGACUUCCUCACAUCAGUUUUCAUCAUACCGCAUAGACAGGUAAAGACCCUUCCAGAUACUGCAUCCGCGAACCUCUACUGUCGGAUAAUCCACUCAUCAUUCUUCAUGUGGGUUGCAAUCUUAGCGUCUAUCUUCACACUUACCACAAUAUCCCUUGAGAGACUUGUUGCAGUCGUUCGGCCAUUCCAAUUCAAACGCAUCUUCUCCCCGGAUCGGACAUUGAUGAUCAUCGCGGGUAUUUGGCUUACGUCUUUUCUAAUCAACAUCGUCAUUGUAUUCGUCGUCUAUUUCGAAGACGGCUCAUGCGAGUUUGGAUAUCCGUCUGUUUGGUUCGGCAAGUUUAAUGGAACCGCUGUCUUCUUGGUCGAGUACGUUUUCCCUGUCACAACGAUGCUGAUCGCUCAUGUCUUCACAGUCAGAGCUCUCCGCAGAAGCUCCCACACCAAUGUCAGCAAUGAAAGUCAAGACUUCAUCCUUCAAGCCAGACGAAAGAUCACCAGGAUGCUUCUCGAAGUCAUCAUCGUCUUCAUCAUCUCCUGGACACCCGAUCAGGUAUUAUAUUUCGCGAUCAACGUCGGGCUCAUCGACAAUAGCUAUCUAUACAGCCCUGUGUACCGGUCUUUCGUCGUCCUAGCUUUCGUCAACUCGUGCGUCAACCCGGUGAUCUAUGCCGCAAGAAACCCGAACUUUCGGAGAGCACUUAUGGAUCUCUGUGGAUCCGUCCGGAGUUUGAGGCCUAUCUUUGCUGGUGUUGAGACCAGAGAUAGUCAGAUGAGAAUGCUUGGGGACGAUACACCUUCGGGUCCAAACGACGACAUGUCACCACGCAAUGGUUGAAAAGACUCAUAUAGAAUUUAUCCAUGUUAUCCCGAUUUCAAAAUGGCAGGCCAUUAAUAUAUUUCUAAUAAGUAUGACCGGGGGGUGGGUAGUAUAUUGGGCAAAUGACGGAUCCUCAUUAUCGUCUAUUCAAGAAUGUUAUCUCCUAUUUUGGUCCAUCGUAAGUAAACAGGUGGCCGAAGCCAAAACAUUCAACUGUCACCCACAACUAAUACUAUAAUUAUGUACAAGGGCGGCGGAAUCCGGGGUUGUUUUUCUCCUUAAAAACAAUUCAGAAUAAAAGUGUUUUUUUCAAAAUCAAAUAUGCCCUUUGCAAAGUGACAUUGUUUUUAAUCUGCGCAUUUUCGUCAAAGAAGUUGAUUCUUUUUUUUUGUCUGUUAUAGGCCUUUAUUUCAUAUUAAGAAUCAUUUUCUUUUAUUUUUCAUUCAUUUUUAAAUCGUCUCUGAACAGGCUCAGGUCUACAGUUCAGAGAAGACAUAAUUGGGUGAAUUGUAUUCACUGGACAAUUUUAUGCCUAUAUAAGGGCAUCAUUUGGCAUCUCAUCUCAAUGCCCUCUCGUGGUAGCGAAAUUAGGCCCUCCUAUUGUUGGCCCCACUGGGCCCCACUGCCCCCUCCCCCCAUUUCAUUUGAGCGCAAAUAAUUGCAUAUUUUCUAAGUUAAACAUUCCUCCUGUUAGAUUUGUGCCCAAACUGAGUGACUUGAAACCUGCAGAUUAUAUCUGCACAUUCGGCACUGAUGGUGAUUUUCUGUAAUUCUCUAUUUUUUGUAGUUGUUUCUUCUAUGUAUAUUUGCCACUGACUAUCAUAAGUUAUUAUUAUUCUACGAUGUGCCAUAGUUGUUUAACGAAGAGGCACAUUAUGUCCUGUAACAGAACUUACGUACACAUUAUUCUACAAUAUGCAUCAUGAAUGGAUAAUUUAUGAAAUAUAUCAGUAUCGUGCAGAUGGCUUGCUUGGAAGUAGUCAUUUAUAAAAUAAAAUGGAACAUUUGUUUC